AUGGGGAAUCAGGACUUCCGCGACCAGCUGGGCAAGUUCCGUCUGGACUCCAACACUGUCCCCCCUUCAACCUGGCAGCCGCAGCCCGUCUACCACGAGCCGGUCGAGUCCUCCCCCUCGCGCAGCAAACGAGUGUCGACCGCCUGUGACUUUUGUCGCAAAAGAAAAAAGAAAUGCGACUUUCGUUAUCCCAAUUGCUCCGCCUGCACCCGAGCGGGAGUCCGAUGCACCAUUCCUCCCCCCGGCCCCCAAGUCGCCAGUGCCUCCGUCCCCCGCGAUCAGCUCGAGAACCUCCAGAAACGAGUCCGAUGGCUCGAAGAGAUUGUGCGCCGUAAGUCGGGUCUUUCAGUGGGAGAACUACCCACGGGGACUGCCGUCGAUGGCGAAGGAGACCCGGACUGGUGGUAUCAAGUGCCUGCGAUGAUUGCGACCGGGCAUCGUCCAACCGCCGUGUCGAGCCCGGCCGGCAGUGGUGGCUCCUCGACUGCAGGUCCAUCCGAGGCGUCGACCGCCGUGGGAACUGACCUACCAAACGUUGGAGAAAUCUUUCGCGAUCAACUAGAGCAUCGCCGACCGUCCGUGGCGCGACCCUCCGCUGCGCCACGGGUAAUGCGCCUGUCCUCGCUGGAGGAGGCCGAGCGCAUCGCCGGGCAAUACUUCGACAGUAUGGGCUACCAAUAUCCGUUCAUGUCUCGUCCGGAGUUCAUGGCAACCCUGCGACACAUCUAUACUGGCGGUAUUCCAACCCCAGAAACACACAAUUCAUAUCAUAUCGUCAUGGCCAUUUCGCUCCUGAUCGGAUCGGCAGACCCAACCCAGGCGGCCGAAUUCUACCAUGCCAGUCAAGAGACUCUCCCAUUGGCAUUGCAGAAUGAGGAUUUGCCGGCGGUACGAGCACUAUUGGGGCUGGCCCUGUAUACCAUGUUUGCCACCGCAGGGCCUAGUAUCUGGCAUAUAUUGGGUACAACCAUGCGGUUGGCGACCAGUCUCGGUCUACACAAAGCACGAUCAUAUCCUAGUCUUGCCGAGGAAGAAAUGUCGAAGCGCGCUUUCUGGAGUCUGUAUAACCUGGACCGCCUGAUUGCAAGUACUCUCGGCCGGCCUCUAGGCGUCGCCGACGACGACAUCAGCGUCGGUCUUCUGCGCGAACUCAACGAUGACGGGACUGAGGCACCUGGUGCGAGUGGAAUGACCAUUCCACUCCAGGUCAUUCGUCUCCGGAGGAUCUUUUCCCGUAUCUAUCAAUAUCUAUAUAGCGGCCUGCCUCGUCUCUUGCCCCAAGAAGCUGCUGCCACCCUCGGUCGAUUCCGCCAAGAGGUCGACGAUUGGCGCAUGGCUGCUCCAGUAUACCCAUCGGCACUUCUCUAUUCCACCUCGUAUUAUGACUACCUGUACUACACGACGUUACUUUUAAUGUAUCGUCCGAGCCCCAGGAAUCCGACGCCCGACGCCCUCAGCAUUGUCAGCUGUGGUGACUCCAGUGUCCAAGUCAUCAGAUCCUACUGGGACAGCUACUCCAUCGGCAAACUCAAAUGGAUCUGGUUGACGUUAAGUCAGGUCUAUUUUGCGGGCAUCACCAUCCUGUGGUGUCUUGAGCAGAAUGCGCGUUCUUUACGGGAGUCACUCCCGGCCCCUUGGAAUCCCGAUGAGCAGACAAUGCGUCGUGGGAUUCAAGCCGUGGUAGUUCUCUUGGAAGAAUUUGGAAAGCGUCGACCCGGGGUGGACAAGCUGGCAGAGACAUUCCGACAUCAGAGCACGAUGAUCUUUAGCCAGAUGGCCUAUCAGCAACAACAAUUAGAACAGCAACAGCAACACCAUCCUCACCUUCAACCUCCUCCUCCUCCUCCUCCUCCUCCUCCACCUGCACUCAUCCCGCCUCAGUCCUCUGUGUCUUUAGCUGCACCACCGCCUCCUCCAGUCCCGCUGGCCCCUGUCCUCGACGACGUACUGCUCGUGGAUGGUAGCGGAGCCAUUCCAAUGUUCGACCCCCAAAUGGCGGACCAACUGUUUUACUCCUACAAUUGGUUCCAGGAGGAGAUGGCAUCCUACUAUACCCUUUGA